UCAACAGCAGCAACAGUUAGUCAGACACCUCGGUAGCUUGCUAGACAAAAUAGACGAACCAAUAAAGCUCUUUAGACGCUUUAAGUGUAUAUUUGACACUGUGUUUUAAACACACUUCUGUCGUCGACUAAGUUAUCCGAUUUAAUUUAAUAUUUACGGUGGUGUUAUUGGUCAUCUAGUUAAGUUAAGUUUUAUUAAGUUAGCAUUAGCCUAGCUAGCUAACAUCUUCGACCAUGAGUUCACUAAGCUACUCCUCUCCUGUUAAAGAAGAGGAGGUCUGCUGGACGGAGGAAGAGGACGAGAAAGAUGUUACAAUAGAAAAACAAGUAGAGGUCGAGGCUGUUUCAGUGAAAGAAGAGGAAGACUCGUUCAGAGUGAAAAAGGAGGAUGAAGAGGGGGAUGUUACAAUACAAAAGCAAGUAGAGGGUGAGUCUGUUACAGUGAAAGAAGAAGAGAAAGACGUUUCAGUGAAAGAAGAGGAAGACUCGUUCAGAGUGAAAAAGGAGGAUGAAGAGGGGGAUGUUACAAUACAAAAGCAAGUAGAGGGUGAGUCUGUUACAGUGAAAGAAGAAGAGAAAGACGUUUCAGUGAAAGAAGAGGAAGAUACGUUCAGAGUGAAAGAGGAAGAGGAUGUUACAGUAAAAGAAGAGGAGGCAGAGAAAGAGGAGGAUGCAGUUUUUGGAGUGAAAGAGGGGGAGGGGGAGAUGACUGUUACAUCGAAAAAAGAGGAGGAGGAGGAAGAGAAGGAAACUGGAUAUCUGGGCCCGGUUUCCCAAAGUCAUCUUAAGGCGUCCAAUGGUUCUAACGAUGAACUUAACCGUGAAAUGGUUUUGAGAAACCGUUCCCUGAUUAACACUAGAGAAAGACAUGACAAUCGUGGAUCCUCUGGGGAGCCUCAACAACAUCAUGAAGCUGACGAGGCAGAGGAGAGUCUCUCCACAUCAGAACAACCCAAGAAACACCAGCGGAAACCCACAGGGAAGAAGUCUCACCGCUGCUCUGUCUGUGGGAAGAGUUACUCAAGAUCAGAUUCACUGAAGGCACACCAGAGAAUUCACACAGGAAGAAGUCUCACCACUGCUCUGACUGUGGGAAGACUUACUCAAGAUCAGAUUCACUAAAA